AUGCAAUCGUUCACUAUCCUCAUCACUACCCUCUUUGCACUUUUUGCCGUUGGCUUCACUGCUGAAUAUCGGUCAGUGUUAAUAGAUUCUAUUGUUGACAAUGAAGUUGCACGUCCACAGUCACGAAACUUUUUUCAACAAGUUCUUAUCAAUCAAAUGGUUAAUGUUCUUCCAGCAAAUAUUCGCAAUGGUAUCGAUGAUGCUGCAGCAAUAUUUGGCAUGGUACGUCAUGAAUUUCUUUUGAGAUGUUUAAAAGAAUUACAAGCUUUUCAAGCUUACUCAAAGAUUGAUUUUAUUACUGCAAUACAAAAAGCAAUUAAAUUUGGAGAUGAAAAAUUAACAAGGGAACAAGAAAAAUCAUUAGAAAGUUUAGAACCACAAGCCAUUGAAUUUGUUAAAUUAUUAUUUUCAAAUCAAUUACAACCAGGAGAAAUGAAUGGACUUUAUGAUUUAUUAGUUAAAAUUGUUCGACAACAAAUCGAUGGUCAAACAUUGGUCGAUGUAUUACCACCAACAAUUAAUGGAAUCUUAUUACAACACAGUUAG